AUGGAUUAAGACUCAGAUAAUUCAGAAGUUUACAUAAUUGUGUUUGUUAUUAUAAUUCUAGUUUUCGCAGGGAUAGCUCUAUUCAUUUAUAUUCGUAAAAAAUAAUAAACUAGAAAUAAAAAACUUGAAGAGGAAAUUAAUAAAUUGCAAUAAUAUGUGAAUUCUUGUGAUCGCAAACAAGAAAGUAGAACAGACAAUGUUAAUACAUAACCACAAAUAUUAAGCCAAACCAAUUCUUUCACAAAAACUAAUCGAAUGUAUUAAUAAGAGCAAGCAGAAUAAAAUAAACAAACCGGUAAGAUGUUCCUUGAUUAUGAAAAAUCUGAAAGAGAGAUAAUCAAUCAAUUGUCUCCUUCUCAAAAAUCCCCUCCAGAUGAAGAAGAAAAAAAACAAACUAUAGAGAGUGGAAGAAAAAAGGUGAUUGGAAUUAAAAAAAAAAACCUUUAAAUAGAAAUUCCUUAGGAUUGA